GUAAAAAAAAAAACCCGUAGAAUUUUAAGUGAAAAGCCGACGAGUUACACAAUGUCAACGACAACUGUGCAGAAGACCAAACCAAUUUUCGUGAAGGUGAAUGAACUCCAACCAGGAAAAAGCGGCUAUAACCUGACCGUGAAAGUCGUUGAAUCCAAUCUCGUUACACCAGCGAUCCGCAAAAUUGGCUCCCUGACGCGACCAUUUCGAACUCCUCGUAUAGCCGAGUGUUUGAUCGGUGACGACACUGGAUGCAUUAUUUUCACUGCUCGUAAUGAUCAAGUUGAUGUAAUGAAGACUGGAGCAACUGUUACUUUGAGAAAUGCAAAGAUCGACAUGUUUAAGGACACCAUGAGAAUGGCUGUUGAUAAAUGGGGACUCAUUCAAGUUACGGACCCUGUUUCCUUUGAGGUUAACCGACAAAACAAUCUUUCCCUUGUGGAGUAUGAGCUAGUCAUUGUACCUGUUCAGUAACUUUAUGCCCUGUCUCUGCUUUUCACGUUUUUAUUUUACUAGUUUGAAUUUUCAGAGAAUUUUUUAGUUAUGAUUUUUUUUUUUAAAUCCGUUGAUUUAAUUUAAGACAAGAUUGUGUAAUUUUUUUUUUUUUUUUUUGCAAAGCUCUGGAUGUUUCUGCCGCAGAGUAUGUUUUGAUUAAGUUGGUAUUGGUCUUAUGGUUUUAUUUUUUAACGCACUGUUGGUGUCUUGGCUGUAAUUGAGUUUAAGAUAAACAUUAAAAAUUUUACUAUUAUAUAACUUAAAGUGAAUUGUAGAUUUCACACCUCAUAAAAAUACAAGUAAAUUGAGAUUUCACGAUUACUCCAAAUGUUAUUUUGCAUCUCAAACGAAAUUGAGAUUUCACGACUUUUCAAGGCUGAAACUCCUCAUGACUACCUUCCAAGCUCUUGUAGUAUUCCUCCAUAGUGUCAAACUCGUAUGGAUGAUCAUUUCCUCGAGAACUCUCAUACCUGCGACUAGGGUUAUUUUCAUAACUCUUACCUCUUGUGUCGUAGUAGUACUUACCGUUCUCUGCAAACCUUGUAUCUUUCAUCUCUUGUCUCUCUUCUUCAUUACCGUAACCUCUCCUGUUAUUAUCAUUAUAAGUGUAUCCAUUAUUGUUGUACCUGUUCUUCUGCUCACUAAGAUCUUCUGAAUCUUGGGACUCUUCUUCCUUCUCAAACUCUUCCGGUAAUUGGUUGUUGUUGUUCUUUUCUUCGUCAAAUGUAGCCAUCAAUUUCUCGAACUCUUCGUCUGUGGUCGUUGAUGAAACUGGCCAUGACUCUUUGGUUUGAGGAAUCAUACCUGAACCUGGCCCAAAAGGCCCAUCACCGAGUCUUCCAUUGGCUUGUGCUAGGCCUGGAGCGGGAGCUGUGGUUUGUGCUACUUCUUUGCUGUUAGGAUGAUCUACGUGAGUGAACUUGCUAAAGAAGAGCUUACUUUCUCUAGCUUCAACAUUGUUUCCAAUGAAGCAAAAAACAGCAACGAGGAAACAAAAAGUUACAGCUAAUGAAGCCAUGAAGGAAAAGAGUGAGAGUGAUUUGAGGGUUUUGAGUAUUUGAGAUGU